GUUUCAGAGAGUAGAGGGAUGGUACCGAGCUCCCCCUUCUCCAGCUACAGCCCCUUCCCCUCAUUCGUUCCUCAACCCACGUUGCAGUACUCGCCUUUCGUUUUUCCGAAUUCGAUAGCGAACACUCACGCCACGACGUCUCUACGACACCCGGCCAGUCCCAACGCCUCGGGCGAUGGGACUCGCCGCAAUGGACGUCGCGAAAGGACAUCGUUCAACAGGCUUCAGCUUGAGCAUUUGGAGCGUGUCUUCAGAGAGACCCACUACCCCGAUCUUUACAAAAGGGAAGAAGUCGCACGCGCUAUAAAUCUCCAGGAAGCUAGAGUUCAGGUGUGGUUCAAAAAUCGACGAGCGAAAGACCGACAGCUGAAAAAAACGCACCUACUUCAGAGCACUGGACGCACUCCUUCUGGGUCAUCAUCAAAUGAAAGCCCUCCUCCGGAGCCAAAAGCCGUGGAUAUGAAAGCUAUUUCACAUAUUCCACUGCCGGGUACGGCAGAAUUCGACCAACGAAACGACUCAAAAUACCUCACAGUAGGUGGUAUGGGUUUGAAGCUGGACAAGGAAGAGUAUAAGUUGGUUGACAACAAGUAUCCGAGCAACACUGUUACACCGACAACAUGGGCUUAUCCUCUUCCGACCGCUAACUAUUCCAUCUACAACAAUUUCUAUGCUACUCCUGCAAAUUAUUAUCAACAGUAUGGAUACACGUCAGAUUACACACCACAAAAUCCAUCCUAUUGUGGUCAACUCUAGAAUUACUGUACUUAUUUGCCAGCGGCGUUGUUAUUCGAUAACAGCCUGCUUAUUUCCCUACUACGGUGACUUUUGCGAAAAUGAGAAGCUGUUAAUCUUGACUCAGCCAUCUCAGGAUAUCCAGGGCAAGGAGAGCAAUCGUUCCUUUCUUGGUUGAUCAGCUCUCGACAUUCUUUUCUCAGUGGCCGUCGUUUGUAAAUGUUUAUCCAUUUGAACUAAUGUUAAUAGAUAUGAUUCUAUAUGCUGUGUCAUUUUUCUAACUGUCAGUCAUAUCACGAGACGUAAGAAGAACUCAUUUUUUCGUGCUUUGCGGAUCUCACAAUAUUCAUGUCAC